AUGGCCUCUUUUUACAUGGAUUGUAAGGCACUAAUCUGGUUUCAAGAGAUGGAAGACAGCGGACACCUCCCAAACUGGGAUGCCUUUACGAAAGCUCUGCUUAUUAGGUUUGGUCCAAACAUUUAUGACGACCCUAUAGAGGAGUUAACUAAGCUAAGACAAUCGGGUUUUGUGGUGGAUUACCAGUCUAAGUUCGAAACUCUAACGAACAGGUUACGUGGGUUAUCAGAGGCCUACAAACUUAGUUGCUUUGUGAGUGGUUUAAGGGAUGAUAUUCGGUUGACAGUUAAAAUGUUUAACCCCACAAACCUUAUCUCAGCCUUCGGCUUGGCAAGAAUCCAAGAAGAAAAAGCAAACCUCUCCAAGAAAUACCCAAGACCCAGCCUAACCUACUCACCCACCCCUGGAAUUUUAAAAAACCCACAACCCCAUCCAGCCGAGAACUCCAAACUCAAACAAAAUCUGACCAUCCACAAAAUAAACCAGAACCAGAUGAAAGACAGGAGAGAAAAGGGUUUGUGCUAUCACUGUGACUCUAAAUGGGCACUGAGUCAUAAAUGUCAAAAUCCAAGAUUGUACAUGUUGGAUGAUAUAGAAUUGGACAGUGAGGGGAGUGAGAAAGUGGAGGAAGAACCUUAUCCUGCUAUACUUAAAAGAACAAACAUACCAUGGAAAAAUCAAGAACCGGUGAAAGUAAGAGUUGCUAAUGGGGAAGUCAUUGUUAGUGAAGGAAGUUGCAAGGGAGUGAAGGUUGUAAUUCAAGGGACUACUUUUCUCUUGGAAUUACAAGUGUUGGUAUUGGCUGGUUGUGACAUGGUGCUGGGUAUUAAAUGGCUUCAAGAGCUUGGGAAGGUGCUAUGGGAUUUCGAAAUGCUGACCAUGCAGUUUUCCUAUGGGGGUCAGGAGGUUAAGUUGCAGGGCUUAACAGCAGCUAAAAUGAUUGAUGAGGGUCCUUUGACUAAACUGAACAAGCUGGAAAAUAAGGGGAUAAUUUUACAGUUGUUAGAAGAAGAAAGCCCUCUGGAGCAGCGGGCCAAAAAUGAAGUUCCAGCCACUAUAAAAAGUCUGUUACAGCAGUUUGAUGAAGUAUUUUCUGAACCCAAAGGCCUUCCACCCCCUCGUACCCAUGACCACGCUAUCAACCUAAUACCCGAGACCAAGCCUGAGUUAUUAAUGACAGGGGUAAUCAGGCCAAGCCAAAACCCCUACUCAUCUCUGGUGUUAUUGGUGAGGAAGGCAGAUGGAACGUGGCGGCUGUGUGUUGAUUACAGGGGCUUAAACAACAUUACUAUCAAGGAUAAGUUUCCUAUUCCUGUGGUGGAAGAAUUAAUGGAUGAGUUGCAUGGGUCAGUACUUUUCUCAAAGCUGGAUUUGAGAUCCGGCUACCACCAAAUUCGGGUUAAACACGAGGAUGUGUCAAAAACUGCUUUUCGGACUCAUGAGGGACACUAUGAGUUCUUAGUAAUGCUGUUUGGGCUUACCAAUGCUCCCUCCACAUUUCUAAGUCUCAUGAAUGAGGUAUUUCGGCCCUUUCUAAGAAAAUUUAUACUUGUUUUCUUUGACGAUAUUCUUGUUUACAACAAGUCUGAAAGGGAGCAUGUCAACCACCUAAGGGUUACUUUAGAGACUCUAAAACAACACCAAUUAUUUGCAAAGAAAUCAAAGUGCUGUUUUGGCUGCAAGGAAGUGGCCUACCUAGGCCAUGUGAUUUCAGCAACGGGAGUCAAGGCGGAUCCCGACAAGCUAAAGGCGAUGGUGGAGUGGCCCCUACCGAAAUCCCUAAAGGCAUUGAGGGGGUUCUUGGGUUUAACAGGCUACUACCGCAGGUUUAUAAAAGGCUAUGGGGGGAUUGCAGCCCCACUAACUAGUAUGUUAAAAAAAGAUGGGUUCUUAUGGUCUGCAGAAUCUAAAGAGGCCUUUUGCAAGCUUAAGGAGGUGGUUACACAACCGCCGGUGUUAGCAUUGCCCGACUUCACACUACCAUUCACAAUUGAGUGUGAUGCGUCUGGAACAGCGAUAGGGGCAGUUUUGAUGCAAAAGGGGCAGCCCAUUGCAUUUUUUAGUCAAGCAUUGAAGGGAAGAUCUCUCUCUAUGUCAACCUAUGAGAAGGAACUGUUCGCCCUUGUUUCAGCAGUCAUGAAGUGGAGGCCGUACUUGUUGGGAAGAACUUUUGUGGUGAAGACAGAUCAACAAAGUCUCAAACAUUUGCUGGACCAAAAAGUGGGCACCCCUAUGCAACAAAGGUGGAUCACCAAGCUCCUAGGUUAUGAUUUUAUUGUGGAGUAUAAGCGAGGGGCUGAAAACAGGGCAGCGGAUGCCUUAUCAAGGAAGGAUAAGUGGGAAGAAGAGACACUGAUGCUAAUCACCUUCCCUAGUGUAGAAUGGGUGGAUGAAUUGAAAGGGGCGUAUGAGACUGAUGCGCACGUAAAAAACUUGUUGCAGAAUUGUUUAGAUGGCAAAAUGGGGCCUAAAUACUCAGUUCGAGAGGGUCUUUUAUUAUACAAGAACAGGUUGUAUAUCCCUGAUCAAAUGGAAUUUAAAAACAAGUUGCUGGAGCUAACCCAUAGCAGCCCGUGGGGGGGACAUUCGGGCUACGAUAAAUCUGCCCAUAGGAUGAGAAGAGACUUUUAUUGGCCCGGGAUGAAGAGGGAUCUCAAACAAUUUACUAGAGCAUGUGACUUGUGCCAAAGGGUCAAAGCUGAUAAUUUUUUGCCAAAUGGUUUGCUGCAACCAUUGCCUAUACCCUCUCAACCGUGGACCCAGAUAUCCAUGGAUUUUAUUGAGGGCUUACCCAACUCCCAUGGUUACAACAGUUUGUGGGUGGUGGUUGAUCGCUUGACUAAGUAUGGUCAUUUUAUCUUAGAAGAAGAGAACAACAAUUCGAAGAAGGAGAUCUUGUAUACCUCAAGUUGCAGCCGUACUGUCAGUCAUCAGUGUCCUCGAAGGGAUCUGAAGUUGGCUCCGAGGUACUUCGGGCCAUAUAGAGUGCUGAAAAAAAUUGGGACCAUGGCUUAUACAUUGGAUCUGCCUCCAUCUUCACGUAUACAUCCCACUUUUCAUGUAUCACAACUGAAACGCAAGGUGGGUUCCAAGGCAGUGGCCAUUCUGUCGCUACCCCCAGUGGAUGCUCACGGUGUGCUUUGUCCCGAACCAGAGGAAGUGAUUAGUAGACGCAUGGUGAAAGUUGGGAACCGAGCAAGGGCAGAGCUACUCAUUAAAUGGCAUGGCCAGGACGCUGCAGAUGCUACUUGGGAGAUUUAUUCAAAACUCAAAGAGGAUUUCCCUCACCUUGAGGGCAAGUCAAUGAAAAAGGAAAGUGUAGCGGCGGCAGAUGCUGGGUUAUCGAGUGAAAACCUAAGUCAAAAGCUAAGUGUCGGCAAAAGUGAAAGAGAAGCUUCGGUCAAAGCUGGAUGUUCCGUUUGGCUAAGGGAAUUUAGUCCAGCUGGGCUUUUUCAUGGGUUUUUAGAGUCUAGCAAGGAUUAUGGAAUUAAGGGAAAGUGUGAGGAUGAGGACUUAUAUGAGGCACCGCCAGACCUGAAAAGAAGGGUCUUCUGUCAAAAUCCCUUGUUGAGAGUUGCUGCACCAUCUGGUCCAUCCAUCCAACGUGUAACUUCAGUUUUUCUUAUGUAUGCUGUAUGGGUUAAAAGAGCUUGUCUGAAGCUAUUUCAGAUAUACAAUCUACCGAAUCUGGAUGCUGAAAGGUAG